CAAAAGAAAUAAAACGCCAACAUUUAUCACCAGAAACUGGUUUUAAACCAUCACCACUAUAAAUAACUUCCUGCAACGCGCAAGCGUUCAAUUCCUGCGAGGUUAUUCAUAUUUUAAUUUACUCCCACAAUAAGAAAAUGACCGGCACGCCUACAAUCCGUCCUGCAAGCAAUUUCGAUCCGGAUCAGGAUGCCACGGCUCUCAAAACGGCCUUUAAAGGCCUGGGAUCGGAUGAAGAUGCAAUCAUAGAUAUCAUAACUCACCGAAGUAACGAACAACGUCAACAAAUCGCGGCUAGAUUCAAAACGAUGUAUGGAAAGGAUUUAAUCAAAGAAUUAAAAAGCGAAUUGAGGGGGAAUUUAGAAGACGUUAUCGUCGCUUUGAUGACUGAGCCGAUCGAGUUUCAAGCCAAACAACUCCACAAAGCGAUCAGUGGGUUAGGCACCGACGAGGGGACCAUCGUCGAAAUACUCUCAAUCCAUAACAACGACCAAGUUAUCAAAAUUUCGCAAGCGUAUGAAGGAUUGUAUCAACGUUCCCUCGAGAGUGAUAUUAAGGGCGACACCUCUGGUACAGUCAAAAGACUCCUCGUCUCCUUAUCGACUGGCCACCGCGACGAAUCGGGAACCACCGACCAAGAAAAAGCCUUCAAAGACGCACAAACCCUUCUAAGGGCCGGCGAACUGAUCCAAGGGACCGACGAAUCAACCUUCAAUGCCAUUCUAUGCCAAAGAAACCCCUCCCAACUUCGACUUAUUUUCCAAGAGUAUGAAAAAAUCACAGGCCAUCCGUUUGAGAACGCCAUAGAAAACGAAUUUUCCUUGACCUCGAAAGACUCGCUCCUGGCACUUGUCCACUCUUUGAGAGACCGAAUCGAUUAUUUAGCCACACGUCUCCACGACAGCAUGGCCGGAAUCGGCACCGACGACCGCACUCUUAUCAGAAUUGUGGUCGGGAGGUCGGAAAUCGACCUGGGGGACAUCAGGGACACGUUCCAGAACAAGUACGGGAAGACACUUGCCGAAUUUAUACAAGACGAUUGCUCGGGUGAUUACAAAAAGUGUCUCCUGAGCGUCGUUGCAUGAAUAAUUAAAGUGAUUUAAUUGCAAAA